AUGUUGGGGUCCAUGAAAUCUGCAAUAUGUUUCCUGCUGGCCUUAUCCUUGGCAAAUGCAGCUCAGGAACAGCUAAUUUUGAGUCCAGGUCAAGCCAUUCGGAGUUGCAAUGGUGGAUACGACAACAAUCCUGCUCUGUUUCUGUUGCAGAAUCCACACGCAUCAGUAAAUGUUCGAGCGAUAGGCCCCGUUGACGCAAAAGAGUCUAGUGAGUGGGACUUGGAAGUUGCCGUCAUCAGUACCUCCGAUUUGGAUGUAACUGGGUUUACUAGCAUAUCAGGAUGCCCCGUUGGAGGGGCUAAAGAAGAUUGUUUUAACCAUGUUUCUUUCGACAAGACCUAUGACCAGGUCAUUUCUGAGAAACUUAAUUCAAGCUCUCUUGAUGUAUUUCAACUCUCUAGCAAGAACGACGAUGCCGCCUUCACGCACUUUGUUGACCCUUUGGUAAACUACUGCGUCCUCAUUACUUUGAACACUCCUGAAAAGGGUCUUAAAUUGCAGGUCGAUGUUGACUGGCAACCCCCUUCUGGGCAGUCUAUGGAGGACGAUUUUUCGAGCAUAUACACUUACGUGUUUUGCUUCUUGGCUCUUCUCCUCGGUUCCACUGUCUUCUUCCGUUAUGUCUUUGUCAAGAACAACUCAUUAGCGACUGGUUACAGAACAGAAGUUGAUUGGACCGCUCAAUUGAAGACCAAAGAAAUACAAGCCAGAAUAUUGGUUGGCCUUGUUGGUUACUCAUUGAGCUAUUUUUUACAUGCCAAUGGAUUGUUCUGGUCAAAUUUAUUCGGCUAUUCUAGCACCAGCUUUAUCGCAAUGUUGAUGGACUUUUUGCUUGCUGCUACUAAUGUGCUUGUCAUUAUGUGGGUUACUUACAACGGUCUUCUGUUCUCGGCUGGCUAUUUGCUUAUUCCAAAGUCGGCGACAGGAAAACAGCUCAGCUUCAUCAGAGUCCUUACUUUAAGCUACUUCACAUCCAUCCUGUCUGUCUUCUUGGGCGCAAGCUCCUUGGAGGCACAUCCCGUCUUGAUUGGCAUUGUGAUUUUUGUCUCAGGGUUAGGAGCCAUCAUUGCUUACAUCUGUAAGGUUUACUGGUCAAUCAGAACCUACUUUCGGUUGCGUUCAUCAGGUGGAGUUGAAACUGCCCGUCGGUAUUUGGCCACUCUUUCGUUGGGUGUCUUUGGAUUUUUUCUAGCUAUAGCUGACGCUUAUCUGGUCGGCACAGAGACAUUAACUGCUCUGCACGCCUUUUUUCUCUUGUUGUUUGGAGAAGUGUGCUCUCAUCUUCUUACAGCGUACAUAUGGAAGGAUAUUACAAUAGAGGCAGAGAAAGUUGAUAAAGGAGAGGUUUGA